AUGCAAAGCGACGACGUUAUAUGGUCCGUCAUCAACCAGCAGUUUUGCUCGUAUAAAGUCAAAACCCAGACGCAGAACUUUUGCCGAAACGAAUAUAAUGUUACCGGUCUAUGUAAUCGUCAAUCAUGUCCACUUGCCAACUCCCGCUACGCGACUGUACGGGAAAAGGAAGGUGUUCUAUAUCUCUACGUGAAGACUAUAGAGCGUGCGCACAGUCCAGCGCAUAUGUGGGAACGCAUCAAGCUCUCGAAUAACUACAUGAAAGCUCUGGCUCAGAUUGACCAAGAGCUGCUCUACUGGCCUAACUUCACCAUCCACAAGUGCAAGCAGAGGGUUACGAAGAUCACGCAGUAUUUGCUCAAGAUGAGACGAUUACGACUACGACAACAGCCGAAGCUGAUUGGCGUGAAGAAGAAGCUGGACAGACGCGAGGCAGUACGGGAACGUAAAGCGCUUUCUGCCGCGCACCUUGAAGCGUCGAUUGAGAAGGAGCUACUUGAGCGGUUGAAGUCAAAGGCAUACGGUGACGCACCACUCAACGUGAACGAGAGCGUGUGGCAGGCGGUUUUGGAUCGUGAACGGAGAGCAGAAAAGUCGGCUGCGGGCCUGGCAGAAGAAGACCUCGAGAUGGAAGACGACGAGACGGAUGAGGAGGACGAGGAGGAACUCCAGGAAGAAGACGGGUGGGGUGAGCGGGAGUACGUGAGCGAUCUCAGCGGGGACGAGGAAGAUGAUCUCAGCGAUAUGGAGAACCUGGGAGACGAGUCGGAUGAGCAAAGUGGUGAGGACGAGGAGGGCAGUGAGGAGGACGACGAGCCAACGCUUUCUCUCGGGAAACGCAAAGCAAAGUCCGCGCCGUCGAAAAAACAAUCGGGAAAGAAACCGAAACGCGGACCCAGAGUGGAGGUGGAAUACGAACAAGAUACCGGUACAGUACCACUCACCAAACAGCUAUUGGACAACUGGUAG